GAUAUUUUUGUUGUUGUUUUCUUCAUGUUUUAAUUGUAAUUCAAAUCUCUGGUUUCUUCAGGAUGAAUCUGAAUUUAGAGACAAAUUAACUCCCAUUACUAUUUUUAUGGAAUAUCGUUUGGAUUACAGAACAGCUGCAGAUGCAACAGGAUUGCACCCUAUCCUCAACCAGUUCACUCCUGCUAACAUGAGCAGACAGGCGCAUAUUCUGCUGGAUUGUGGUGAUGAUAAUGUCUGCAAACCAAAGCUGGAGGUUUCAGUAGAAAGUGAUCAGAAGCAGAUCUAUAUUGGUGAUGACAAUCCCUUGACACUAAUAGUCAGUGCUCAGAAUCAAGGGGAAGGAGCCUAUGAAGCAGAACUCUUUGUCAUCGUACCGCCCCAAGCAGAUUUCAUCGGUGUUGUUCGUAACAACGAGGCUUUAGCAAGACUAUCAUGUGCGUUUAAAACAGAGAAUCAAACUCGCAUGGUAGUUUGUGACCUGGGAAAUCCCAUGAAAGCAGGAACUAAGCUUUUAGCUGGCCUGCGAUUCAGCGUGCACCAGCAGUCUGAAAUGGAUACCUCUGUGAAGUUUGACUUGCAAAUCCGAAGUUCCAACCUGUAUGACAAUUUAAGUCCAGUAGCAUUCUAUCAGGCUGACCUUGCUAUUUUAGCAGCUGUUGAAAUUAGAGGUGUGUCAUCUCCUGAUCACAUAUUCCUUCCUAUUGCAAAUUGGCAGCCAAAGGAGAAUCCAGAAACGGAAGAUGAUAUUGGGCCUCUAGUUCAGCAUAUCUAUGAGCUGAGAAACAAUGGUCCAAGUGCAUUCAGCAAGGUGAUGAUGACUCUACAGUGGCCUUACAAAUACAAAAACUAUACACUGUUGUAUAUUGUUCAGUAUGAAAUUGAUGGUCCCAUGAACUGCACUUCUGAUAUGGAAAUCAAUCCAUUGAAAAUUAAGAUUUCUGCUUCUAAAGAUGAUGAUAAGAAUGAAACACUUAGCAGGGAAGAUAAUCGCGAUCAUCGUGUCAGUCGAAGGGAUGUAACUGCCAUUGAAGGAGAUGUGCAUACUUUGGGCUGUGGAACUGCUGAUUGUUUAAAGAUCGUCUGUCAAGUUGGCCACCUGGAAAGGGGAAAGAGUGCGCUACUGUAUUUAAAAUCACGCCUUUGGACCCAAACUUUCAUGAAUAAAGAAAAUCAGAAUCACUCCUAUUCUCUCAAAUCAUCUGCUUCUUUCAAUGUUAUAGAGUUUCCUUAUAAGAACCUUUCCUUUGAAGAUAUCCACAAUUCUACAGUAGUUACUACAAAUAUUACAUGGGGCAUUCAACCACAGCCUAUGCCUGUGCCGGUAUGGGUUAUAAUUUUGGCUGUCCUAGCAGGAUUAUUGCUUUUGGCUGUUCUAGUGUUUGUUAUGUACCGGAUGGGCUUUUUCAAACGUGUGAGACCACCUCAGGAAGAACAAGAAAGAGAACAACUGCAACCACAUGAGAAUGGGGAAGGAACGUCAGAAGCUUAA